AUGCGUCGCCUACUCGCGGCUUUGAGGGGCAGAAGAAUCCCCCGCCACGGCGCCGAGCUACCCCGCAGCGACCAUUUCAUUCCGCGGCGGCCCGACCCUGAAGCUCCAUCUUCUCUAGAACUCUUGAAGAACACAGAGAGAGCUUCUUGUUAUUGUCUAUUGAAGCAUUGUUCACUACCAAUACCUUGA